CGGCGGCCGCGCGGGACGGUUGAGGCGGUGGCGCGCGCGCCAUGGCGGCAGCCUGGCAGCGCCCGUACCUGAACGUCUUCAAGCACUUCCGCGUGGAGGAGUGGAAGCGCUCUGCCAAGGAGGGGGAUGUGGCCGCCCUCACGGACGCGAGGCUGAAGGGAACCGUCUACCGGAUCCGGGGCUCCGUCCCUGGCAGCAGCUACCUGCAGCUGCCCCGGUCGGGGACGCAGUCGCUGGGGCUGACCGGGCGCUACCUCUACCUGCUCUUCAGGCCCGUGCCCCACAAGCACUUCGUCGUCCACCUGGACGUCACCACCAAGGAGCACCAGGUGGUUCGCAUCUCUUUCUCCAACCUCUUCAAGGAGUUCAAGUCCACAGCCACCUGGCUGCAGUUCCCCUUCGUCUGCGGAGCAGCUGAGGGCUCGGAGUACGGCCGCGUGGCCGGGCCGUCCAGGCGCGAUCUCGUGGGAGCAGCCCCUGCCGACGUGCGCUGGACCUGCCUGGUGCUGGACCUCCACUCCAUCCUCUCCCUCUACCUCAACCGCCGUUACAGCCACCUGAAGAGCGUCAAGCUCUGCUCCAACCUGCUGGUCAAAAACCUCUGCACGAGCGACUUGGUGUUCGACCCAGGUGUGACUCUCUCCGAGGCCCGGCAAGGCGACCUGGCCUGCCGUGGGGUGGCUCCCAUGCCGCGGGAAAUGGCUUUCCCUGUGCCGAAGGGAGAGAAGUGGCACGACCUCUACGACUACAUCAGGUUCCCAACCGAGGGCUCCAAGCUGCUGUACGACUCCAUCCAGAAGAGCUGCCCCAGUCCUGCGGCAGGUGGUCAAGUCUCAGAGGACCCCGUCCGCCAGCCGGUGACACUCACCAAAGCAGUCCGUGACCGACUGUCCCUCAUCCACCAAAUAACCAGUCCCAAAGCUAUGCCGCGCCGGUGUCCUGUAAGUGGAAAAAGCAUCCCUGAGGUUCACCUGACAGCCCCAGGGCCUCCGAGAGCCGUGCCUGCUGGGGACCAGGAGCUGGAGAAGAACCGGAGACCGCACGGUGCAGGGGACACUGGGCAGUCACCGGCAGUCCGUGGUGGUGGCAUCCACGUGUAUGCUCACCAGAGGAGCAAGCGAACCACCCGAGCCGUUCUCACCGGCUCAGAGGAGAGGCUCUUGCCGGAUCCCAUCCUGAAGCUGAGAAGGAUUAUUGGCUUUGGAGGCUGCAGCACCAAACGGGUGCUCUGGGCUCAGAACAACGCUGCCGUGGUCUACCCCUGCCACGCUGUAAUAGUGACCCUGCAGAUCCAGACCGGAGAGCAGAGGUUCUUCAUUGGACACACGGACAAGGUGUCAGCGCUGGCCUUCAACGGGAACAGCACCUUGCUGGCUUCCACACAGGCCGGUCCCCUGAGCGUGGUUCGCCUCUGGGACUUCCCCACGGGCAGCUGCCUCUCGGUGUUUAAAACCCACGUCCACGCCCUCCUGUCCCUGAGCUUUUCCUACAGCGGAGCCGUUCUGUGCGGCGUCGGAAAGGAUGGGCAUGGCAAAACGAUGGUGGUGGUGUGGAACACCGCUCAGGUGACCCGUGGCGGCGAGGUGGCCGUGCUGGCCAAAGCACACACCGAUGUGGACAUCCAGGCCUUGAAGAUUGCUUUUUUUGAUGAUACCAGGAUGGUAUCGUGCGGCCGGGACAACAUCAGGCUGUGGCGAGUGCGGAGCGGAGCGCUGCGCUCGUGUCCCAUCAAUCUGGGCGAGUACCAUUCCCUGGAGUUCACCGACCUGGCCUUCGAGGAGGGGCACGCGGCCGAGCGGGAGCCGGAGGAUCGCACGCUCUUUGUCUGCAGCAAGAGCGGCCACGUCCUGGAGGUGGACUACAAGAACGUCAGCAUGAGGAGUGCGCGGCGGCUCCUGCCCGCGCAGCCCGGCGCCAGGACAGGCAGCGGCGCCGGGAGCGGCCCUGGGAUCGCUAUAAACAGUAUUAGCAUCUCUUCAACCUUCUGUGCCACGGGUUCAGAAGAUGGCUACCUGCGGCUGUGGCCACUGGACUUCUCAGCUGUCGUCUUAGAGGCAGAGCACGAGGCUCCGGUGAGUUCUGUCUGCAUCAGCCCGGACAGCAGCAAAGUCUUGUGCACAACCACCACCGGGAAUCUGGGCUACCUGGAUAUCCAGUCCCGGGACUAUAACACCCUCAUGCGCUCUCACGAGGAUUCCAUUUUGGCAUUCUCAGUAGAGGGGACUUGGAAGCAGAUGGCAACGGUGUCUCAGGACAAUACCAUCCGAGUCUGGGACCUCAUCUCCAUGCAGCAGCUGUACGACUUCACAGCUGCAGACGAAAUGCCGUGCGCAGUGGCGUUUCACCCCACCCAGCAGAUCCUGGCCUGUGGCUUUGACAGCGGGAUGGUGCGGACCUUCAGCCUGGCCGCCUCCGAUCUCCUGGCAGAGCACAAGCAGCAUCGCACUGUGAUCACUGGACUGACCUUCUCCCCCAAUGGCAAUUUCAUGUUCAGCUCCUGUUUGAAGGGAACUCUGGCUCUUUACAGCUGUGUGGCGCAGAAAAGCCACAUCCUGAGAGUCCUGGGCAACGUGGUGGCCCGGGAUGCUGGGAGCGGUCCGGAUGCUUUGGUGGUCAGUGGGGACAGCCGUCUCUUGGCUUUCGUGGGUCCCUCCAAGUACGUUGUGACCGUGAUGGAGGCCUGCUCCCUAGAUGAGCUGCUGAGGGUGGACAUCAGCGUCCUCAAUUUGAACAGCACGGCCCUGGACUCUGCACUGAAGGUCUGCUUUGCUCCUGUGCCUCGAGGCGAGCUCCUGGUAUCCACUUCUUCCAAUAAAAUCCUUGUGCUGGACGCAAAAACGGGACGACUGGUGCGGGAGGUGUCUCCCGUGCACAAGCUGUCCUGUUCUUCCUUGGUGCUGAGCAAGGAUGGCAGGUACCUGCUCACUGCUGGUGACAGAGUUAUCAAAGUGUGGGACUACCAGAUGCGCUUCGAUAUCAACUUCCAGGUGUACAUCGGCCACUCGGAGCCGGUGCGCCAGGUUGCCUUCACCCCAGACCAACAGCACGUCAUCAGCGUUGGAGAUGCCAUCUUCCUCUGGGAUUUCCUGGCUCUGCCUGUGGAGGGGUCGCCCCCGGCCAGGGCUUGUUCCUCCGAGUCCACUCUGCUGCCAAGAGCAGAAGGGAGCUCUGAGAAGCUAAAGGAUGCCUCUGAGACACCUCGGCAGAUAGUUCCUCUUCCAUUGUCAUCCUCGCCACCCUGUUUGGAUGUCAGCUCUGUCCACCAAGCAGAAUGUCAAAGUAUUUUCUCUGAGUCGGAUAAAGAGGAGGAAGCAGGUCUGCCAGGCAGCAGCAGGAUGGUGGCGAAUGGAGACAAAGAUGCCUCGGUCCUUGAGGUGGAGUCGGUCAGAAACGAGGAGCUGCUUGUUGUGAGGCCCAAAGUGAGGCAGGGGAGCUCGAGGUCUCCUGGAGAAUCAGCAAAUGAACCCAGAAAGGAAACCAGAAGUCCCAAGCCCCGAUGCUCCGUCCGCCCAGAUUCCUACCGGCAUUUCACUCCUCGCUUUAAGGCAUCCGUGCUCCCCCAGAGUUUCUUAUCUCCUCCAGCUGGCAGUGAGGUCUUGAAGCUGAAAGCAGUGAUCGGCUACAAUGGGAACGGCAGAGGGAAUAUGGUGUGGAACCCAGACACAGGCUUCUUUGCCUACACCUGUGGCUGCGUCAUCGUGGUUGAAGACCUGCACUCGGGAUCACAGAACCACUGGCUUGGCCACGCAGAGGAGAUCUCCACGCUCGCCGUCAGCCACGAUGCCCAGGUUCUUGCCUCUGCCUCAGGAAAGAGGAAUGGAGACUCCCAUUGUCAGAUCUGCAUCUGGAACGUCCAGGAUGGGGUUUGCUCAGCAAGUCUCCUCCACCAUGAGACGCAAGUACAAGCCAUGGCAUUCUCUCGGGACGACAGGUUCCUUGUUACCCUAGGGGACUACAGCGAUCAAACCAUUGCUCUGUGGAAUACCUACACUUACAAACUCAUGUCGUCGAUUUGUAUCUCGGAGCCAGUCCAUGACAUGGCUUUUAGUCCUCUUUCUCACAGAGAACUGGCCUGCGUGGGGAAGGGAGCCAUGAUGUUUUGGCUGUUGGAGCAGCAGGGAGCUGAUGUCAACCUCAAGGUUCAUCGAGCCCCUGCCCCAGACGUGUUAGGGCCGGUGGAGCUGACCUCUCUCUGUUACGGUGCCGACACUCUUCUUUAUAGUGGGACCAACUCAGGCCAAAUCUGCGUGUGGGACACCGAGACUAAUUGCUGCUUCAUGACGUGGGAGGCUGAUGAGGGCGAGAUUGGUGUGCUGGUGUGUCGGCGCAACAGGCUGGUGAGCGGCAGCAACACCAAACGCAUCCGGCUGUGGGCAGUGGCCGCCGUGCAGGAGCUGAGGCUGAAGGGUCCCGACGCCAGGUCUAGCUCAGUCCUGCUAGAACAUGAGAUCACCCUCGAUGGGACGAUAGUCAGUGCAGCCUUUGACGACUCCCUCGAAAUGGGAAUUGUGGGCACCACGGCAGGAACGCUGUGGUACAUCAACUGGAUGGAGAGCACAAGUAUCCGCCUAAUCAGUGGCCACAAGAACAAGGUGACCGAAGUGUGCUUCAGCCCUGAUGAGACACACUGUGCGACGUGCGGGGAAGACGGCAGCGUGAGGAUUUGGUCUCUGGGCAGCAUGGAGCUGGUGGUACAGUUCCAGGUGCUCAACCAGAGCUGCCAGUGCCUGGCCUGGGAGCCUCAUCCCAUCGUCACGUGGGCAGCUGAGAGCCAGCAUGUGGUGACAGGGUACAGCGAUGGCACCAUCCGUGUGUUCAGCAUCUCCAGGACAGAGAUGGAGCUGAAAAUGCACCCCCAUGCCGUUGCAGUGACAGCAAUCACCUACUCCACCGACGGAGAAAUGAUCAUAUCGGGGGGCAAGGAUGGGCUCGUGGUUGUCAGCAGCCCUCACACCGGAAUGACCAUCCACGUCCUCUCUGACCACAGAGGCUCCCCCAUCACUGUUCUCCAGUGCACCAGGAAGGAGUAUCGCGACUUUGGGGUGGAAGGAGGCGAGCUUUGGCUGGCCACCAGCUCAGACCGGCGGGUCAGCGUCUGGGCCUCCGACUGGCCGAAGGAUAAAUGCGAGCUCCUCGACUGGCUCAGCUUCCCAGCUCCUGCCGGCCCCGAGGGUCUCAGCAGCCUGCCACCCAGCCUGGCCGCGUUCUGCCCUUGGGAACCCGGUACCCUUGUCUACGUCGGCUUUGGGAUGCAGAAGGAAGCCUUGUUUUACAGUUUGCACAAGAAACAGGUAGUUGAGAAGAUCUCCUUGCCGUACUUCGCCACAUCGCUCAGCCUGUCUCCUGCAGCACGCUUCAUGGCUGUCGGCUUCGGUGCCCAGGUGGGGAAGACAUCUCUGAUCAUGGCUCUGGUGGGCGAGGAGUUCCCUGAAGAGGUGCCUCCUCGCGCGGAGGAGAUCACGAUCCCGGCUGAUGUCACCCCUGAGAAGGUCCCCACACACAUAGUGGACUACUCAGAGUCGGAGCAGACGGAGGAUGAGCUGCAGGAGGAGAUCGCUAAGGCCAACGUGGUCUGCGUGGUGUACGAUGUCACUAAGGAGGCCACCAUCGAGAAGAUUCGCACAAAGUGGAUCCCCAUGGUGAACGGUGGAGUUGAAAAGGCCUGCAGGAUCCCCAUUAUUUUAGUGGGAAACAAGUCCGACCUGCAGGUGGGGAGCUCCAUGGAUGUCAUCCUGCCCAUCAUGAACCAGUUCUCAGAGAUUGAGACCUGUGUGGAGUGCUCUGCCAAGAACCUCAAGAACAUCUCUGAGCUCUUCUACUACGCCCAGAAAGCUGUGCUGCACCCCACCGCCCCCCUCUACGACCCAGAGGAGAAGCAGCUGAAACCUGCGUGUGCACGAGCACUGACCCGGAUUUUCAGCCUCUCAGACCAGGAUAACAACCAGAUCCUUAGUGAUGAUGAACUCAACUACUUCCAGAAAUCCUGCUUUGGAAACCCACUGGCUCCCCAGGCCCUGGAGGACGUGAAGAUGGUUGUGUGGAAGAACACCACAGACGGGGUGCAGGACAACGGCCUGACACUGAAUGGCUUCCUCUUCCUCAACACGCUCUUCAUCCAGAGGGGCCGGCACGAGACCACCUGGACCAUCCUUCGGCGCUUCGGGUACGACGAUGAGCUGACGCUGACGGAUGACUAUCUCUACCCACAGUUCCGCCUUCCCCCCGGCUGCUCCACGGAGCUCAACCACUUGGGCUACCAGUUCCUGCAGCGGCUGUUUGAGAAGCACGACAAGGACCAGGACGGAGCCCUCUCGCCCGCAGAGCUGCAGAACUUCUUCAGCGUCUUCCCCUGCGUGCCCUGGGGCCCCGAGCUCUACAACACGGUAUGCACCACUGAUAAAGGCCUGCUUUCCCUGCAUGGAUUCCUCUGCCAGUGGACGCUCGUGGCUUACCUGGAUGUGCGGCACUGCCUGGAGUGCCUGGGCUACCUGGGCUACCCCAUCCUCUCGGAGCAGGACUCCCAGACACAAGCCCUCACGGUGACCCGGGAGAAGAGGAUUGACCUGGAGAAAGGCCAGACCCAGAGAAACGUCUUCCUCUGCAAGGUGCUGGGAGCCAGGGGCGCAGGCAAGUCCGCCUUCCUGCAGGCCUUCCUCGGCAGGAGCCUCGCGGCCCAGAGGGAGAACCCAGGAGAGCCAUCCCUCUACGUGAUCAACACAGUGCAGGUCAACGGCCAGGAAAAGUACCUUAUACUGUAUGAGGUCAGCACCGACACGAAGUUCGUGAAGCCGUCGGACGCGGCCUGCGACGUCGCCUGCUUCAUCUAUGACCUGAGCGACCCCAGAUCCUUCAGCUACUGUGCCAGUAUUUAUAAGCAACACUACAUGGACAGCCAGAUCCCCUGCGUCUUCGUGGCCUCCAAGGCAGACCUGCCAGAAGCCGGUCAGCAGCCCGGGCUCUCUCCCGCCGAGUUCUGCUACAAGCACUGCCUCCCGCCGCCCUUCCUCUUCUCCUGCCACAGCCAGGGACCGCCCAGCACCACCGUAUACACCAAGCUGGCCACCGCCGCCACCUUCCCCCACUUGAACGCCGUGGAGCUGGGCGCCGCGUCCUUCUGGCUCCGGGUGGCUCUGGGGGCCGCGGUGACCGCUCUGGUAGGGUUCACGCUGUACCGCGUGCUAGCCAAGAACAAAUGAGAGUCACUCACACCCCCCCACCCCGUCCCCCCACCGUGACACCAGCCUCCCCGGCCCCAGUGACACCCCGCUGAGGCGCCCUGCCUCAAGCUGGUCUCUGGUGGGAAAUCCUUUCCCCCAGCCUGGAUUGCAGGACCAGUGAAACCAGACUUCCCACCACCAGCAGGAUGGAUCCCACAUGGCUCCUGCCCAGUGGGGGCCAGGCAGCUCUGCUGGGACGGGGUUCCACCUCACCAGCAGCUGGAGGAGCACCCUCACAUUUUAUUCUGUUAAUUUUUUUUUUUUAACGUUUGUUUUUAAGCUCAAACAUGAGUGUUUCAAGAUCUGUUGGGCUGGGCACAUCCCCCUCCCCGGAGGGCUGUGCUGGUGCCCUCAAUUUGAGGGGGGGGGGGGGCGCAACACUCCUGGAGCCCCUGGGGGCUCCAGCAGCAGCAGAGCUGUUGAAUGAGCUCACGGCUUCAGCCCCCUGGGACCCACCCCCCAUCCCUGUCCCCGUUUCCCUCGGCCAGCUCUAGGAAAGGUGGCCGUGGAGGGCCAGGCGCUUACACCCCGCAAGCCCCUGGGUUUUGGGGUCACUCUUGGCCCCUCCUGUUGGGAUGCUGCGGCCGCAGCCCCCAGCCCCGCGCAGCAAGAGGGGAGGGAGCAAUACCCAGGACUUGUCCCCCCCAGCUCCUCCUCUCUUGUUUCUGCACAAAAAAAUACUUGGGAGUCCUGCGGCGUGCCGGCCUCUCAGCCCUUCUGCCCUCCUCCCCUUCCCUCCUGGCCCCCGGGAUCCACGGCUCCCAGUAUUCCCAGCCCCCAGGCUGCGAGCCCUUCCCCGGCAGUGCCCCACGCUGGCCGGUGCCCCUUGUCCUGCUGUCCCCUCGGCGGGGCCCUGCCUGCUCUCGGGCUGUCCCAGCGUGCGGGGCUCUGGGCUUCGCAUCUCCUGGCGUGACUAGAAGCUCUUUCUCCCCUCUUCCCCCACCCACGUUCCAGCCGCCGUUCGCUGCUGGGCAGCUGCUGUGACUUCAGCUCAGCACAAAUCUGGGGCCAGAGCCCCAAAGAGCGAGGCCAGCCUGUGCUGGCUCCCACCCACCAGCUCUUUUCCAGCACGCGCCGGGGUUAGGUUCAUUUGCAGGCAGCGCCCAGGUAACAACUGGAGAUGGAGCUGCUUUUUCUGUAUGUUUUGUCUGUUGAAACUUUUUUUAUCGUGCCCUGGAGCCAGGGGAAGGAUCAAGGAGUCUGCUGGACGGCAGCCGGCAUCUCUUAGGGGGCCAGUCCCAGGGUGGUGCCACCAUCCUGCCAGUGGAUGAGGUGUCCCUGCCUGUGCUGGAGCCACUGGGGCACCCGCUGCCAUCCUGCUCGCUGCUGGCCGUGGGCCAGGGCACUGCCAGGGCCCCCUCCCUGGUAUUUCCAUGUCACUUCUUGCCCGAGCCCACCGCACAUGGCUCUGCUAGCCAGGCCCGUGUCUGGUGGUCCGACCCUGUACCCGGCACCAGUCUGUGUCUGGCAAAGCCAUACCUUUUUUAGGAGGUUUGUUCUCGACAUCAAAAUAAAUUUUUACACACCA